AUUGACAGGUGCUCGCUCACCAUCAGCAUCUCAUUAUCGGAAUUUGCGUAAACAUUUCUUAGUUAGAUAAUUGACAAUUCCGUCGUCUUCUGUUGGUUUUAGCUCUGUUCAAUCAAGUAGAACACGAAUAUGGAUAAAGAGGACGGUCAUACUACCACAUUCACUCACAGGUCUAACGCUUCGCACUCGGUUCCAAAAGGACCAACGUUUUCAGCAGACAAAAAUAAGACAAAGAUGGCCGCGAAGACAAACAAGAAAUGGGUACGACUUGCAACAGUGUUGGCGUACGUAUUGGCGGUAUCAUUGGCAGCCAUCAUUCUUGCCAUUUACUACAGUUUGAUCUGGGAUCCGCAGCUGAAGACGACGACAAUAUCCACGCCGACGACUGUCAGUGGAGCCAUGAGCUCAGAGGGCGUGACCAAGGCCAUGCUUAACGAAACAACAGUGGCAGCAAUCUCUACAUCUGCUCCAGAAUUUACUGGUUCAAACUAGCCUACCCCUUGAAGUUGGUCAAUUUUUCGAAUUAUGUCUUCACAAAGACUGGUUUCAGAACAGAGUGUAAACCAGAAAUGAAUAUUGCCGAUGGAUAUGAUGUUAAAUCCGCUUUAAAUAGGUUCCAUACUUAUGCAAUCUUAGGAUGAAUAUGUCACAUUUUAUCUGGCCUAACAUUGCAAAAUACAUGGCAAGUAAGAUUGUUGAACUGUUUAUUGCCAAUAUGUUGUGUGUUUUCAUGCACUGUGUAGAUUUAAGAGCUCAUCUAUGAUGUUUUUUCCUUUUAUUAGUAAGCCUCGUAGGCCUGCAAAAAGAAUUCUUGUUUUGAUAUUUUGGAAAAUAAUUUAUAUUAAUAACAGUUCUACAUUUUGGGAGAAAUGUGCAAUAUUUUCAAAGAAAAUGAGUGGAGUUUUCUGGUUCUUGUUUGUGUUAUGAAUAAUAACAUCAAAGGUGCAAGACUUGUGUUCAGAAAUAGAUUUGUUGAAAUGUUUUGUUCUCGUUAAGGUUUAUAUAAAAUAUAUUCUUUGUUUUAAUUGUAUGCAACAUUGUGAUUUCUUGCUUUUUCGAUGUUUUGUUUUAUGGUACAUUGAUUUGCAUAAAAUUGGAUUGGGUGUUGGCUAAUUAAUAUAUGAUAUUAAUUUUGUUUCAUUAUACAUAUUUCAUAACGCAUAUAAUUGUUAAUUGUUUAAAAAAUACAUAAGCCUUAAGGCAACUUGAUACUUGGUCUUGAAUAAAAUGAAUUACUAACUGUUUGGUCAUCUCACAUAUUUUUCAUAAAUGCCCUUUUCGCAAUCCUGUCAUUCAAAUAUUCAACCUAAUGAAUGGUCUGCUUUUGUGUUCUUUCUUAAACGAUACUUGUGGGGCACAAAGUAUACCUUUCUGGGGUUAUAACAAAUGUCAUUUAUUUGUUAAUUGCAACAAAAGUUAAAGUUUUAAAUCUUGUAAGACAUUAUUGUAUUAAUAUGAUUUAUUUAUUAUUAUAUCACUGUUAAUUAAAUGUCAUGAGCUGGUUCUCAGAUUGAUACACCAGAGAGAUGUGAUAUGUUAUUGUUAUAAUGAAGUUAAAUGAUGCAAAGGUACAACCUUGUACCCUUGGAGACUAUGGUGUUAUGAUGAAUAUGUUAGUGUUAUCAUUGUUUGUGUGCUACACAUCAUGUUGUUAAAACCUAUAGUCAAAAUAAUGUCUUAGUACCGCAUUAUUUUGUAUAGUACUAUACUAUAUCAUAGGCAUUUAGAUAUUCAUCAUUUGGUGUAGUUUUACACCAUAUUGAAAAAAAAUACUUUUUUUUAUUUAAAGAUUAUAUCUGUAAUAGUAGCCAUUUACACACACAAAAAACAAUAUGAAAAUUAAAUCCAAAAUACAUAAAAAAGGUUUGCGCUUUGUCUAUUUUCAAAGCUCAUACAAUUAUUUUCAUAUUUUAAUACUAACCAAUUUAUUGCUUGAACUAGAAAAUGGUGAUAUAAACAUUAAACAUCACUACAUCACCUUCUCAAUAUCGAUUUUCCUUUUCUUUUUUUUGAUGUUAAUUACUUUUAUUCAUUUUGGUCAUGCAGAAAAAUGGUCUAUUGCCUGAAUGUAAUGUAAAGUCAUAAUGAACUUGCCUUUUCAAUACAAACAUAACCAUGAUUCUUACAAGUGUUCUUUAUAGAUGGGUCUUAAGAUAACCCCAAACCAUACAAACCAAACAAGUAAGUAAAAUGGCUGGAAACAGAACAUUUUAAGAAAAUUUGACAGAGUCAAAGUGAACAGGCAAAAUUGAACAAUGUGUAUGCCACAAUAAGAUUUAGAGUGGCCCUUAUAAUAUGCAUUAUUUAUUUUUACAUGUUACAUCUAAUUGUUUGUUUUUAUCUUUUUAUCAGGUUGUUUUGUCUGGAUGAUUCUGUCCAUUUAACACUUCUUUUUUACUCUUGUUUAUAUGUUUUUGAUGUUGUUCGAGUUUGUUGUUACUAAAGAUGUAGUUUAAAAUAAAGAUUUUAUUGUUGAAACUUGUUAGCGCUCACUA